ACGAUCUUUAAGAUGCUGGUUAUACACCUGAGUGGAUUGUUGCUUAUUCUGCCAGCUUGUAUACAGGCUGCCAGGAUACUGGCUGUUUUUCCCUUUCCUGGUCCAUCGCAGUACAUCAAUGUGGUCCCCUAUCUGAAGACGCUGGCCUCCCGGGGUCACCAGGUGACCUCGAUUAACGCCUUUCCGCAAAAGAAACCACUGGAAAACUUUCGAGACAUUCCCAUUCCGGAAGUUUUUGACAAUUAUAAUGAAAUCAUAAACGAGCUUAACGAUCCGAUGAAUAUAUGGCAGGAGAACAAUUUCAUCAACAAGUUUUUUGUGGAUAUCACCCGAUCAGUUCUUACCAAUAAAGAGGUUACCGAAACCCUUUUGCCUCCAGGAAAGGAUCAGUAUGAUCUGAUCAUUGUGGAGGCUCUACGCUCGGAUGCCUACUACGGAUUUGCGGCCCACUUCAAUGCCCCUAUUAUAGGCAUCUCAACCUUUGGAACCGAUUGGAAUAUUGAUGAGCUGGUGGGCAAUGUAUCGCCUCUAUCGUAUACACCCCUGGUAACAGCGGGUUUUACCGAUCGCAUGACUUUCGGGGAGCGUGUGUCCAACUUUGUGGAUACUACAGUGGCCUGGCUCAACUACAGAUUGGUGCAUAUGCCGGAACAGGAGAGAUUGUAUGAGAAGUACUUCCCCAUAGCCUCGAAAAGGGUUCGACUCACUGAUUUGAAUAGAAACUUCUCCCUGGUGCUGCUAAAUCAACACUUCUCGCUGAGCUUUCCGCGUGCCUACGUUCCGAAUAUGAUUCAGGUUGGAGGUCUGCAUAUAUCCCACAAGCCAGCUGCAUUGCCCAAAGACCUGGAGGAGUUUAUUCAGGGUUCCGGGGAGGAGGGUGUGAUUUACUUUUCCCUGGGCUCCAAUGUAAAAAGCAAAGACUUACCAGCUGAGAGAAGGCAACUGAUGCUGAAAACCUUUGCCAGUCUGCCGCAGCGGGUCCUGUGGAAAUUCGAGGACGAUCAGCUACCUGGCAAACCUGCCAAUGUUUUUAUUAGCAAAUGGUUUCCUCAGCCAGAUAUUUUGGCCCACCCUAAGGUUAAACUUUUCAUCACCCACGGCGGAUUGCUGAGUACCAUCGAGAGCAUCCAUCAUGGUAAACCGGUUUUGGGACUGCCCUUCUUCUACGAUCAGUUCCUGAAUGUGAAGCGGGCCAAGCAGGCGGGAUUUGGAUUGGGGCUCGAUCACAAGACAAUGACCCAGCAGGAGUUCAAGGGGACUAUCGAAAGGUUGGUCAAGGAGCCGCAAUUUGCCGAGACGGCCAGGCAGAUGUCCGAUCGAUAUCGGGAUCAGCCCAUGACUCCUCUGGACACGGCCAUCUGGUGGACAGAGUACGUCCUGCGGCACAAAGGAGCAUACCACAUGCGCGUGGCUGGCCAGGACUUGGGCUUCUUCGCCUACCACAGCUUGGAUGUCCUUGGAGCUCUCUUGGGUGGAGCUCUCCUAAUCCUGACAAUCAGUUUGGUCAUUCUAUGGAAAAUAGCUGGAUUUGGAAACUCCAAGAAAAAGCAGAAAAAACAAUAAUUCGCUAGCACAAUUACUAGAUUUAUAUGUUAAUUGUUAAACAUUCAGUAAAAUAAAGGGAGACUAAGAGCCAAA